AUGGAGAGAAAGAGUGGGAAAAGUAAAUAUAUGCAUUUUUUGCCUAUAAUUAAUUCACAAACAAAAUUAAAUAUAUUAGAAAAAAACAAUAUUUUAGAAAAAGUUCAUAUCUUACCAAUAAAAAAAAGAACCACAAAUGUUCAUGAAUUGUACAAUAAAUUGAAUGAACUAAUUAAUGAAAAAAGUGUAUUGUACGAAGGGGUCGUUAUUAGUUUAAAAGAUGACUCGGAAUAUUCCGACUUGAAAAUAAGCAAAAUUCCAAAUAUAAAUGAAAAAGAUGAAAGUAUAAAAAAAAAAUUAGACAAUGAUACUCUUUUUGGAAUUGAUAAAGUUUCAACAGAUGAGAGCUCUGCUGAUGAAAGUCAGACAUCUGACAUGCUCCUUCCUCUAAAUGACGAUGAAAAAAAUAUAAACAAAAUUGAUUCAGACAAUUUUAAAAAUAAUGUCAAAAAAGAAAAAACGUCACAAUUACUUGACAACAAUGUCGAUUAUGUUAUUAUUAAUUGCAUACCAUCAAAGGGUAUACUUAAUCAUGAUACCUUAAUUUAUACUAAUGGAAAAUAUGUUGAUUAUUUAAAAAAAAUUGAAAUAAUAAUAAUAAAUGAUAAAAAUUAUAAAAAAUAUGAGAAAACCAUUAAAAGAAAAUUUGUUUCUUUCAAAAAAAUGAUACUUAAAAAGAGUAACGAAUUUUUCAAUGGGGCUAUGUCUUUAUUCCCAUUAUAUUUUAAUUUUAUUCCUGAAUUGUGCAUGUCAAAAAGUAGAAACAAAGUUUCAAAAAAUGAACAGUGCUCAAUAGAAAAGAUAGUCAAUCAUACCACUAUUAACGAAUACAAUACAAAGAAAAAAGAGAGAAAAAAAAUAAAUAAAAUUGUGAUACAAAAUUUUUUGAUGAACCAUUUAAUUCCUUAUUUUAAAAACAACAAAAAUAAAUUAUUUUAUCCUGGAAAAUUAUUUAAUGUAAAUAAUUUUUCUUUUCUAGUUUCAAAAAUUGACAUAGAUAUAAGUGCUGGUUUUAUCGAUGAUUUAACUGAAAUAAAUCUUAGAGUUGAUUCAUAUGAAGAAUAUAACAACGUACACAUUGUCCCUCUUUAUGAUACUUUACCAACAACAUAUAACUAUAACUUAUUUAUAGAUUAUAUAAAGCCAUAUAUAGAGAGACAUUAUUUAAGUACGUUUUCUCUUUAUGAUACAUUUUUUUAUAGAGGUGUACAAUUCAAAAUUAUGGGGGUAGACCCAAUUGAUAUGGAAUCUGGAAAAGGAAGAAUAAGUGCCAACACAUCAAUAUAUACUCAAGGUUCAGUAAAACCAACAUUUUUUGAUGUUAUAUCAACUAAAUCAUUUAAUUAUAUCAAAUCUUUACCAUUUGAAUAUAAGCCUUAUGCAAUAUUAAAUAUUUUACAGCACCUCGACACUGAUUCAUUAUUAAGAUUAUUUCCGUCGGCAAAUAUAAAUAUGGAAUCUUCAACAAAAAAUGAGAAAACCAUACUAGAUCACUUAAGCCCUCUUAUGUAUGAAUAUAAUAAAGAAACCACUUCCUACGAUCCAAAAAACAUUAUAAUUGGACAAAGAAAUAUGCAAAGUGAAAAUAACAACAAUAUAAUAAAUGAACAAUGUGCAGUUUGUUUUGAGCAUUUCAUAAAUAAUGAUAAAUGUAUUAAAUUGACUUGUCUUCAUACAUAUCAUUGGAAAUGUGUACAAAACUGGUUUAGGUUCAAUUUGACCUGCCCCUGUUGUCGUCAUAAAUUGCGCAUUUAA